AAUAUAUUCCGUUUUAUCGUGACGAAAUGGCUACACAACGUGCGCUUCCACAAAGUAAAGAAGCUUUAUUGAAAUCAUACACGACGAGGUUAAAGGAUGACGUGAAAUCGAUGCUGGAAAAUUUUGAAGAAAUAGUUAAACUUGCAAAAGGGGAAAAUGAUUCUCAAUUAUCUCGAAUGACACAAUGUGAGCAAGACACAUAUGAGAUGCAUGUCAGAGCAGCCAACAUUGUACGUGCUGGCGAGUCAUUAAUGAAAUUAGUCUCCGAUAUCAAGCAAUAUUUAAUCCUAAAUGACUUCCCCUCCGUUAAUGACGCCAUAAUACAAAACAGCAAAUUAUUUAGGACUAAACAAGCGGAAUGUGAUCAAAAAUUAGCUUCCUUGAGGGAUGACAUGGCUGCAGAUUUAUAUGAUUUGGAAGAGGAAUAUUAUACUUCGAUAUACAAAUAACACUAGUUUAUAGUCCGACGAUACAUAUGAGACUGUGUUACGACUUAAACCAUAAUUUGUCAAAAUGCAAUUCAUUCACUCAUCAAUCUGUACAUUAUACACGUAUUUAAAUAAAUAAGAUUAAUUUUUUAUAACA